CUGGAAUGGAUGCUUCUUUGUCAUAGAAUGUGCCAGACGCUGGUGCAUCCUUGUUUCUUCGCUCCAUCUUGCCAACUCUGCUUCUGAGGGAGGUCUUACCCCUAACAGGCGGGAAAGUUCUAGGUGCACGGUUGGCCACUGCACCCAGUCUCCCCCAGUGGCUGGGCUCUUAGGCUGGCCCUUUUACUGGCCUUUCUUUCUAAGCUUUCGAGUUAGCUGCUCCGUUACAGGUCCUAACCUCCUCCUCAGGGCCCACUGGCUGAGACAAGGAUGUGGGUACAGGUAGUUUACUUGGGAGGUGACCCCAGGAAGAGCCCGCAGUGGGGUAGAAUAGGUGGGGUUGGAUAGACAGGGAAGGGAAGGAAGCCAAGAAAAUGUAUGUUUGGGAGCAGGUGACUGCUGUGACAUCUGAGGCUCGGGCUCACUGGGGGCCCCUGUAGAACCCCAGGACGAAGUGGGGUGAGGGAAUGGGUGUCUCUUCACUAGCCCUGCAAGGUCUCUGGCUAAGAGCUGCUGGGGGAAGACGGGAUGCUGGCUCUGACAUGGAAGCGGGUGCCAGCAGCUGGCAGGGGGUGUGGCCGGAGCCCUGAUGGCCUCAGCAGCACCCACCGAACCCAGGCCUGGGAGUCCCUUGGAGUAUGCCUCUUGUCGAGCCCUGUGUCCCCAGCGCCCUUCUCUCCAGGCCCACGAAGCUGCCACUCUCAGCUGCCCCGGGGAAGACCCUGCCCCCUGGAGCCAGUCACCAGGGCCACCUUCGUUGUGUUCAACAGAUACUUAAGGAGCUCCUAUGUGUGGCAGAGGAAGCUGUUAGGAUCCCUCCAGGCACUCACAGCAGAUGAAAGGGACCCAGCACACACGAGGUCCUUCCCGUAGGUCAGACACCGGCAGCCAUUUCCAGGCCCCGUCCGAGGCAAGUGCACUUCUCUGGGCUCCGUCAGCUCCCAGAGGGCGGGACGGAUGUGCUGGGUGGCACGGAGCCUGGAGCCACCUUUGAGUCCCCUCCCAGCCCCAGCAUCCUGAGACUGUGAUUGUAGUGGUUUCUCUGACUUCCUUUUCCUUUCUCUCAAUGCCCCUGCCUCUUCCCCUCCUGGGGCCACUGGCCCCAUGGCUGCCACGUGGUUGUCUUCUGGUGCCCUCCCUCUGUGUCUCUAUGAGGAACAGGAUGCAAUUUGCGGGGCAAUGGGAGGGGGGGCAUUUUAUUCAAGGGCAUCCUUCUGUGUCCCUGGUGAGGGCUCUGCCCGGCGCCUGCUUCCUGGAGAGGGGCCUCCUCCCUGCUGACUCCUGCUCCCACCGUGCAGAUUCGCACAGCAGUCCGAAGCCUUAUGGGGCUGAGGGCAUGGGAAGAGUUAAGAGAGGGAAGUGGUGUGUAGGGAGCCAGUGCCAGUGGCCGCCAUGGCGUCGCGCAUCGGGCUGCGGAUGCAGCUCAUGCGGGAGCAGGUACAGCAGGAGGAACAGCGGGAGCGCAUGCAGCAGCAGGCCGUCAUGCAUUACAUGCAGCAGCAGCAGCAGCAGCAGCAGCAGCUGGGUGGGCCGCCCACCCCGGCCAUCAACACCCCCGUCCACUUCCAGUCUCCGCCACCUGUGCCUGGGGAGGUCCUGAAGGUGCAGUCCUACCUGGAGAACCCUACCUCCUACCACCUGCAGCAGUCCCGGGACCAGAAGGUGCGGGAGUACCUGUCCGAGACCUAUGGGAACAAGUUCGCCGCCCACAUCAGCCCCGCCCAGGGCUCCCCGAAGCCCCUGCCGGCUGCCUCCCCGGGGGUGCGGGCCGGACACGUGAUGUCCUCCUCAGCUGGCAACAGUGCUCCCAACAGCCCCAUGGCCAUGUUGCACAUUGGCUCCAACCCCGAGAGGGAGUUUGAUGUCAUCGACAACAUUAUGUGUCUGGAUGACGUCCUGGGCUUCAUCAAUCCUGAAACUCAGAUGCCCAACACGUUGCCCCUGUCUAGCAGCCACCUGAACGUGUACAGUGGUGACCCCCAGGUCACAGCCUCCCUGGUGGGCGUCACCAGCAGCUCCUGCCCCGCUGACCUGACCCAGAAGCGAGAGCUUACAGAUGCUGAGAGCCGGGCCCUGGCCAAGGAGCGGCAGAAGAAAGACAAUCACAACUUAAUUGAAAGGAGGCGGAGGUUCAACAUCAAUGACCGCAUCAAGGAGCUGGGAAUGCUGAUCCCCAAGGCCAACGACCUGGACGUGCGCUGGAACAAGGGCACCAUCCUCAAGGCCUCGGUCGAUUACAUCCGGAGGAUGCAGAAGGACCUACAGAAGUCCCGGGAGCUGGAGACCCACUCUCGGCGCCUGGAAAUGACCAACAAGCAGCUCUUGCUCCGCAUCCAGGAGCUCGAGAUGCAGGCUCGGGUGCACGGCCUCCCCACCACCUCCCCAUCGGGCGUGAAUAUGGCCGAGCUGGCCCAGCAGGUGGUGAAGCAGGAGCUGCCCAGUGAUGAGGGCCCGGGGGAGGCCCUGCUGUUGGAGGCCGAGGUCCCGGAUCCUGAGCCACUGCCGGCUCUGCCCCCCCAGGCCCCGCUGCCCCUGCCGGCCCAGCCACCUCAGCCACCCUCCCCAUUCCACCACCUGGACUUCAGCCACGGCCUGAGCUUUGGGGGCGGGGGCGACAAAGGGCCCCCAGGCUACCCCGAACCUUUGGGGCCAGAGCACAGCUCCCCGUUCCCCAACCUGUCCAAGAAGGAUCUGGACCUCAUGCUCCUGGACGACUCACUGCUACCGCUGGCCUCCGACCCUCUCUUCUCCACCAUGUCCCCCGAGGCCUCCAAGGCCAGUAGCCGCCGGAGCAGCUUCAGCAUGGAGGAGGGCGACGUGCUGUGACCCUGGCUGCCGCCAUGCUGGGGAACAGGGGCAGGCCUGGGGGCUGGGAGGCCCGGGGCCGCCUCCCUCCCACCCUUUGGGCUGCACUUGUGUGUGAGGUAACAAACUGGCCUGCCUCACUCCUUCCUGUAGGCCCCUGUUUGGACUUAGUGCCUGCUUGGCAGCCUGUGGGGUCAGGAGAAGCCCCCCCCCCCCCCCGCCUGGCUCAGUACUCCCCAGGGACAGCCCUCUUGAUGGGGCUGGACAGGAACAGGCCUUCAGCCUGGCUCCUGGAGGUGAAAUCAUGAGGGGAAGGGAGGGGACGGGUGUGCUAGAGGUAAGAGGAGGUCCUGGGUGGGGUGGGGGGGUGUCUCAUCUUCUGAGUCUGAUCCCCACCCCUGCCGGUGAAGGAGGACAUGUUGGAGCAGGGGGCUCAGGAAGUUCCUUUUCUGAGGCAGCAACUGGUCCAGGGGGUGCCCAGGCCUGCCUUUCUGGGACUCAGAUGGCAACAAGUCUGUCCUCCAGCCUGGCACCCCCACCCCCCUUUGGUGCUAACAGCUCUCUACCGGGUGGUGUGAGGGCGGGGGUGGCUGGAAGAGGGGGCACUGGGUUCAAGUUAGAGCGUGGGGUCACUGCUGGAAGAGCAGCUCCCCCCAGGCUCCCCACUUUGUGCCUUUAGUAAACACUGUGCUUUGUA